UUAGUGGACCUGGUGUUUUUCCUGGUGAUCCUGCUGGUGUUUAUCUUUGCGUACGGAGUGAUGCGGCACACGCUGAUGUUUUUGGUGGACCUGGUGUUUUUCCUGGUGAUCCUGCUGGUGUUUAUCUUUGCGUACGGCGUGAUGCGGCACACGCUGAUGUUUUUAGUGGACCUGGUGUUUUUCCUGGUGAUCCUGCUGGUGUUUAUCUUUGCGUACGGCGUGAUGCGGCACACGCUGAUCUACCCAAACAGCCCUGCGGAGUGGUCGCUGAUCAUGAACGUCUCGCUCAUCCCGUACUGGCAGGUCUACGGGGAACUGUUCGUGGACGAAGUGGAGGGGACAACGCCACACGGCAACUGGCUGAUCUAUGUGCUGCAGGGUCUGUAUAUGCUGCUGACGAAUGUGCUGCUACUGAACCUGCUGAUCGCCAUGUUCAGCUUCACGUUCCAGAAGAUCCAAGACAACUCCGAGCAGGUUUGGCGUUUCCAUAGAUACGACAUCAUCUACGAGUUUUUCGACCGACCUUGGGGCGCGCCGCCCGUCAUCAUCCUGGGCCACGUGUGGCGAUUUGGCCGGUGGGUCGCCCGGAAGUGCGCCGGGAAACCGCAGGACGAUUCCGACGACUUCAACUGUAAGUUCCCACCAGACGAGGUCAGCAGACAGCAGGCACUGGAGAAAGCAGGAGCAGAAAAUUACCUGCUUCGGAACCUUCAGCUGCAAAACGAACACAUCGACACCAAGUUUGCCACAACCAGCGAAAGACUUGAGAAAGUCCUGGAUGACCUUGAGGACAUUAAGGAGAGUGUUCAGGCUAAGGAGGAGUUGGAGGCGUCUUUCUACGCUCCUCCUGCCGCUGACGUGACCUUCACAUCUCACAGGACUUCAAGACCCAGCUCUGCGACUGCCAGCACCAGCGGCGUGGCCGUUGACCUUCAGCACCGCAUGUCUAACCUUGAGGGCCAGCUGGGUUCCAUUAAGGACCUGCUGGAACACCUGCAGCCCAGACAGGCACCCGGGGGCUCCGCAGGGGACAGCCGUGGGGCCACGCAGGCACCUGGGGGCUCCGCGGGGGACAGACCUGCUGUUGCCAGGCGACCAAAGUCGCUGGUGCCUCCAGAGUACAGCGACUUCCCAGACGCUGAUGACGUCAUGUGAGGAGGCAAAAACACAGGAAUAAGAAUAUCACACAGGAAAGGACUGAAAAAAACUGUACGAGAACAUAGCAGACAUUUUAUGUACGAUUUUAGCAAAACUGAAUUUCUUUUGACUGCUCUUUUCCAAAUUAUUGCUUUUAUGUGGAAAAAAUGUCUCAUUCAGAUUCAUUUUUUUGUAAUUAGCUACACAAACUUUAUUUGUUUUGGCCCUACCCCACGUGACCCAGUCUCACUUGACGUCCUUUUCGGUUUUAGUCUGGCUCCCACGUAUGUAUGUAUAGUCAUGAUAUCAGGAUGUAACCUGCGUUAUAAUGUAUCAAACCACGAACUGAUGCAUGGCCCAAACUCCUCAUAGAUCUUUGAUGACAUUUUUUGCCCUAUGGUGGCGUAGUUACUUCCACAUUCUCUGCAUUUCGUUGCGGUGUGAUGCAUUGCACGAGAAAUACCCCAAAUCGUACACAAUCAUUAUAAUACAGGGUGCAGGACAAGGGUUAUUGAUUCUUUCAUAUCUUAGUGAGACAACAACUUAACUGUGAUGCUGUAUCUGUAUCAGUAUAUUCAGUAUAACCGCCUUUCUUCGUAACACCAGCUUCGGAGGCACGCGGCGCGGCGGCAGCUAGCUAUAUCUCACCGAACGACUUGUUACACUCAAUAGUUGUGAUGCAAGACAACUUCAUUGUAAGAAGCUGUGUCUUCUGCUCUGCUGCUUUUAUCAAGUCAAAAAUAGAGAUAGUUUUAAUUAGAUGUUUUUACUAUGCUAGAGAACUUGUGGAGACAGUACAAGGUGUCACCAUGAAAUGGAUGAACUGAACUGAACUAUUUUAACCACCUGCAAAGAUGUGUAAAUUUCCUGCUAGUAUAACGAGGAAGGAAUAUAAUAUAAUAUUACGUUCUGUAUAUUGUGCAAAAGUAUUUGUAACAAAUUGAAUGCCUAGCAAUGUAUCAAAAGUAGUUUAUAUUAUGUAGGAAUAUGAAAUUCAAUGUUUUUAAGACGACCGACACAGAUCAGCUUUUAUGCUAUAUUUUAUGGUCUUUCAUGUACAUAAUAUAUUAUGUGUGUGCCUAUGCAAAAGGUUUUUCAUGGUAGCAAAAUUAGGACAUUAGACGUAAAAUUUCAAGUAAAAUUUAAACGUGUUACUAUAUGUAUUACUAGUAGUAUAAAAGCCGUUAAGAACUAAACACUUUGUUUUUUAAUGCAAUUUUCGAGGCGUGUUUCCGUGACUUUCUGUCAAAGCUAGUGUGACAGUUAUGUCUUUCGGGUUGAACAUUGAUGACUGCUUAUUUGUAUUAAGAACUACGUAAAUGGCUUGUUGCUUUUCUACAGGUGCUAAAUCUGCAAGAAAGUCCAAAGAAGCGCCGUUAUUUAUAGAUUCUGAGGAUAACUUUAAAGAUGCAAUAUAGAAUACUUAGAAACUAUAACUUUAAGUUACAAUCCUGGUACAAGGUUGAGAAAUAAAGAGAGAAGAGAGGAGUUGUGUGUUGUGCCUAUGU